AUGGUCUUUCUGUAUGUUUCCACAGUAUUUUCUUUUCUGUCAAGCCGGUCCGGCACGGGGCGGCGGUGCUGCGGGGCCAGCGGUCGUCGGCUGCGGCGUGAGAAGGCUCCCCGAGGAGUUAGUGGCAACCGAGGGGCGCGCGGGACCGUGCGUUUUGUAAUUUCGCUUCGUAGGCAACAACGGAAUGAACUUUGGUCCCUCCCCUUGGGAACAAAGACGAGUGGCAGUCGAUCUUCCAAAACCUUCAAACCAAAGAAGAACAUUCCAGAGGGAUCUCACCAGUAUGAGCUGCUUAAACAUGCCGAGGCCACGCUUGGAAGUGGUAACCUCAGGAUGGCUGUUAUGCUUCCAGAGGGUGAAGACUUAAAUGAAUGGGUUGCAGUAAACACUGUUGACUUCUUCAACCAGAUCAAUAUGCUUUAUGGAACCAUUACGGACUUCUGCACAGAGGAGAGUUGUCCCGUGAUGUCUGCUGGCCCGAAGUACGAGUACCAUUGGGCAGAUGGGACAAACAUAAAGAAACCAAUUAAGUGCUCUGCGCCAAAGUACAUUGAUUACCUGAUGACUUGGGUCCAGGAUCAGUUGGAUGAUGAAACGCUAUUUCCUUCUAAAAUAGGUGUACCGUUCCCAAAGAAUUUCAUGUCAGUGGCAAAGACGAUUUUAAAGCGCCUCUUCCGAGUUUAUGCUCACAUUUAUCACCAGCACUUUGAUCCAGUGAUUCAGCUACAGGAGGAGGCACAUCUUAACACAUCCUUCAAGCACUUUAUAUUUUUUGUUCAGGAAUUCAACCUUAUUGACAGAAGAGAGCUUGCACCACUUCAAGAACUGAUUGAAAAACUCACCUCUAAGGACAGAUAAAAGGAAGAGGAUUUUUUAAGUCACUUGUUUCUUUAAGCAAGCGUGUGGUAUAUGUUUUUUUUUUUUUGUUCAUUUGUUUUUUAAAAACAAAAGAAAAACCUGUGCUGUUAUUCCUAACAGCCAAGAUCUACUCUCUGUGCUUUUAUUAGGGGAAAUCUUUCGUCUGUUAGUGACAUGCAGUAAAUAGCUUUUUUUGAUAGUUAUUCAUUGUGGAAUUUUAGCAGGUGCUGAGUGUUUGUAAAGGAAACAUGCUUGGUUGGGGUUUGACUCUGCUGGUGGAUGGGUUCUGUAUUGUGUCAAUGGUAGCCCAUUCUAAUGAAGUCCCUGAAAGACUUCCUUAUAUUCCUCUAAGUGCCUUGGCAGACUCACUUCUGAGGUGCAAAGCACAUACAAUACUGAACAUUGCUGGAAACAGAAAAUAUGAACUAACACCCAGGAUACUUACUGAUACUUGUUUUAGGAAAAAAUAAAAAAUAAAAAAUAAAUAUAUAUACGUAUAUAUAUAAAUACUUACAGUAAAAAAAGCCAUAACUUAAAUCGAUGAUCUCCAGCUUUUAAUACAAAUAUGUCUUAUUUUUUUAGAGAGAUUAAUAUAGAUUUUUUCAAAACUAGACAUUUCUUAUAACAAAAAGUGACAAUGAAGCUCUAGUCACCAAAUCAGAAUGAAGAAAGUGGUGUCAAAAUUAUAGAGAACCUGUGGUUAGCAAAUAGAUAAUGUCUGUUGCACUGGUUUUUGCUUUUCAUAGUUACUCUUAUUUUUUGGUGAAUAAAUUAAAAUAGCACCUCAAGUCAGGCACUUCUGUUCAGUUUCCAAGUAUUUGCCGAAUAAACUGUCAGUUUGCACAGCUACAGUUAGGGAAGGUAGUUAGUGGAGUACACUUGUCUCCAAAGAACUUUUGGAAAAGUAAUUGGAACAUACCAGUGGUUUAUGAUUUGGCAAGUGCAUCUUUCAUUUCUGAGAAAACAUAACCAAAAUGUCUCCCUCCCUCACGUGUGUUAGUCUCUCUGUCUUUCUAUCCUUCUGUUGUCUCAAACCAGACACAAGAAUGGCUUGUGACAAGUUAACUUCUGGAAUGAUCCACAGACAGUGGCUUUGAAAUCUUUGCUGCAACUACAUCAGAGUCUGGUUUCCCAUUGCCCAGAUGUCUCCCGUUCAUUUACGGGCCUUGUCAAAGCUGUUGUAUUUGGGAUACAAAGAAAUCUGCAUUAGGUUCUGCAGUGUGCUAUCCCAUGGAAUCAUUAGUUGCCAAAUAUAAUACACUAGAUGAUUAACACUGCCAAGCUUUGCUAGAUUGUGACUGCUACAGCACCUUUUUUGGACCUUAAUAAUGUGAAUGCAUCAAUUGAGCUGUAUAUAUGACCCGAGAACUCUUAAAACUAAAAAAUGUACAGGUGAAGCCAAGGUUGGUGUAUGGCAGAGAAGUUGUGCAUAUGCUUUGGGUACCUCUGCUAGACUGAAAACACAAGCCUGCAAAAUAUGUAAGUGGCCAUUAAUAUAGCCAGCUAAGAAAUAUUUAAGACAAGAACAAAUAUAUAUUCAUUUUAGUGACUAGAAUCAUUACUUUUAAGUUAAAAUAAUAUAUUUCAGAAUCAUCUAUAACUUAUUUUAAGAACAAUGUUAUUAUUCAAUGGAGUUGAAUUUCCUGGUCAGAAUGAAAAUCAGUUAAAACUUCUGUUACUUCUGUCUCUCUCUUUUUUUUUUUCUUUUUUAAAUUCUCACCAGGCUUAAGAACAGUUAAGACGACCUAGUAUUGAAAUAGAGAAGUGGCCUUGAGUGCUCAUUUCACAGCAUUUCAUUUAGAAAUGGAAACAAAUUGUCUUCUUGAAGAGUGGUGAAGAGUAGUCAUGCAGUAGUGCUCAUAUGAGUUUAGAUUUGGUUACAGUAUAUGUUAGGUACAGUAACUGCUUGCAAAAUAGCUGUAGUUUAGCCUAUGUAAUUCAGAUAGUACUUGGCUUCAUUAGAAGCUUCAUUAAAGUUCAAAAAACAUGGAAUAUGUUUUGGUUCCUCUGCAGGACAAGAUCAUUGUCCAAUAGAAACUGCUUAUAAGUUAAGGACAUGAGAAAAUUGUAUUUACUCUGUUUUCAGCUUCUUAUGUCACACAGGAUGAAGACAUUUUCCUAAUUGUGUGACUAUCAAAGGAAAUUGCAUGAUUUUUCUUAACGCUGAGAGUUGGGAUUGGAUUGGAUUGAUCACAGUUCACACUGGAAGAAUAAGGUGGAUAAGGCUGAUGAUGCAAAGAGAGUUUUCCCUCAAAUGUUUUGACAAAUUCCAAGUUUGGAAAGAGUAAGGUCUUACCCCUUCUCAGCCAGAAGCAAUUUUGACUCUCUCAUGUGUAUACAUAUACCUGGGAGAUAAAGAAGAGAGGUGCCUAGUAUCUGAUAACUCUUCAGCAAGUUGGGGGAUAGAAAAAGAACUGCGGGAGUACAAGACAACCGAAGGCAAAAACAAACAAGGUACAAACACCAUUUCCUUUUACUUGGGUGAGCCACUUAAGCUGCAGUAUUCACCCCAGUGCUUUUGUCAGAUUUGCUGUUCAUAAGACAUACCUGAUUGGGUAAACAGCCCCAUGAAAUUUUGUUGGCCAGUAGAAGACUCAGUCAGUGGUCUAACAUCUAAAUGCUGCUGUCAGGAGAUUAACAACAUGCUGCUAAGAAAGAAGGAGCUCCUGUAAGCAAGAAAUCUCCCAUGUGUUGGGAAGUUGCAGGAAGAGUCUUUUGCCCAUGUAGUACCUUUUUUUUUUUUUUUUUUUUUUUGGUGCUGUGUGGUGACUGGGAAUGCAGUACUUGUAGGGAUGGUGUGCAUCAUCUGUGACAUCUUUUCAGCUGCAAACUUGUUUUUAACUGAGUGAGAUACUGGCAUCUAAUUGGGAUGUGACCGUGAGCCUGACUGGGGAGCUGUAGCUAGCUCUGGGUGGAGGACUGGAGGGCUCUGUUAGCUCAAGAAUGAAUGGCACAAAAGACUGAUAUUGUUGCAGUUACGGAGGUGGAGAGCAUCCUCCUGACUAUGUAAAAGCAGCUUAGCUCCUAAAUUUGAAGUGCACUUUUUUAAAAUGGACUUCAGUCAUGCAGAAAGCUGAAUUCAGAACAUCUUGCACAUGCAGCCUUUUAUGCAUACUUCUAUCUGAGAAGUGUUUAAUGACUGAAACUUUCAAGCUUGAGAGGGAGAUUGGCAUCCAGCUACAGAAGCGUGAAGAGUGCUGCAGAUGCAGUUUGAUAUUAAAAGUUUGAUAAAAUUGCCAGUGAAAACUGCUUUGCUGAGUUGAUUCAGUGCUGCUCAUGGGCUGCGUGUGUACAUUCUCUGUGCUGAUAAUGCUGCUUGGAACCUUUCAGCCAAUGCCAAAGCCCUUGUUAUCACAUUGCAAUGAGACUGGAGAGUGGCACAAGUCUGCACCAAGGUGCUAAACGAGAUAUUCUCCAUCAGAUUUAAAGCUGUCUUACCAGUUUCUGUAUCGAAAAAAGAAUACUUAACAGUGAGGAUUUGCUAUGAUUGAUGCCACUGCAAUUGCUCACCUCAUUUUCCACUCAGGAGCGUUUUUUUCUUUCUUUUUUUUUUUUUUUUUCCUUUUUUUUAAAGCUCCCAAUUCUAUAAAUUCAGAGGCUUCUGCUGCAGUUCACUGAAUCAGAAUUUGAAUGUAUUAUAAAAAGUAUUAGUCUUAAAGGGGUGGUGUAUCUUUUGUAUUUAGUAUCUGCCAGUAAAAGCAGUUUUACAGAGCAGUUUCUAGGCAUGUAAUAAAAGCUUGGAGAUCUUGAUUUGUCUGACAGCAGUAUGAACACACUGUUAAAUUAUACGAUGCUUGAAAAUAACAACAUUAAUGAUAUGUGUGCAGUAUUUGGGAUUCAGCAUCCCUAUGCUGUUUAUAUUUGCAGCUUUUGUUUUUAUUAUUAUUUUUUUGCUUCAAAAAGUUGUGGGACCAGAAGUUCAUGUGUGUUUACACUUUUGAAGUAAGGGCACAUCAAAAUGCUACGCAAAAAUCAUGUUUUACAAACUGAAUCUGAAUAGAUUGAAUGUGUUUAUAAAAUAGUGUAUUGUUUGGGGGGAGGACACCUCUCACUCCCAAAUAAAACCCAGAGAAAUGAACCCUGAAGAAAAUCUGCUACUUUAAGCCCAUGUUACAGGUGGAUUCUGUUACGUGUCAUGAGCGCUUUGAAACAACACCUCUCUGCUUCAUUGUCACUGGGAGCAGGUGUUGAUGGGCUGCCAGUGCUUGCCAAGGCCUUCCAAUCAGUAAUGUCCUUAAACUCUGCUGUUUGGGGUGUUUGUCAGCUACCAGCACGCUGAACAUGUCAGUGAUGCCGAUGGUAACUUCAGGAGGUCAUCUACCUCUAGACGGGAUGGGACAAACUGUGAUGUUGAUCACAUUUGGUCACUGUUACCAAUGUUGAUGCCAUUGAGAUGGUGUUGGGUAUGUUGUGCUUGUGUCUUUUACAUUCAAGUCAGGGAUGCAAGCUGAUUUUUAAUUGCAAUUUUUAAAAUGUCACAUUUUGCUGUUGCAGGUAGCUGAGAGGAGAAAACAGGUUUCAAAGGGCUGACAGCCCAUCUGCAAGUACCAAGUUUCUUUAACUGCUUACUAUGCAAUGUGGAGCUUUGAAUUUUAGCUUUUACUUCCAGAUAGAAAGGAGUGCUGUCCUUAUUCAGUAUUUAGGACUGAGCACUCCAAUCUCCCUGAUGCUCCUUUAACAGGUAAAGGAUACCUAUUUGCUGCUAUGGACUUUACGUACCUUUCAGAUUGUUCCUUUCUGUUUCUUGCCUCCCCCUUCUCUUGAACCACGUGACACAAUUUUAUUCUGAACACAUCUUUUUUUGGGUAGCUCUUUUUCUUACCAGCCGCUCUCCCUUCCUACCUGCCAGAGUGCUCUAUGGCUUUCUGUAACCCCCUUUUUAGUUGGACUAUUUAAAAAGGUGCAACGUGAAUACAGACUCCUUGCUUUUCUUUCACUGAGAAUCACUCUACUCUGAAUCUUGUUUCCUUCAUUGCUAUUUGAUUUUCCCUUGCUAGUGUGCUAGUAAAGCCACGAGCAGUUUGAUGAUUGCCUGCCCUCUUUUCCUGGAUGUCUUACCUUGCAAUAAGAGACUAACAUUUGUCUGUGUAAGUGCUGAACCUUCGCACUGUCCUGCUUUUCUUUCUGCUUCCUUAUAACCAGGUUAAGAUUGCAGUCUAGAUGAACAUCGGAUUGCUUUUGCUUUAGAAACAAAUUCCCUUAAUUGUUCCUAAAGUGUUGUAUUUUUAGCGGAAAUUAAUUCUUAUAGCCACUAAACUAAGCUCAUUAUUUUUGUAAGCUGGCAGCUUCUGUCACCGUCUGAGCAGCACCGCAGACGGAAGGCUGCUCCCCGGCUGCACCGGGGGCCGGGCGCCUGGCUCUGCGGCCCUCUGUGUGGGGAGUGGUGAAUGCGGUAAGAGUGAGGUUUCAACAGAAGGCCAUUUCUGAAGGAGAAAAAUAAAAUAGCGCAGAAGCAAUGCUAACACAGCCUCCUCGUUUACAGUCUUUCAACGUCCGGGAGAAAAGACGGUGCAAAAUGGGGAAUGUGAGAGCAGAGCCCUUGCUAUCCGCUCACCGUGCCAAUGUUCUGUUCCCAGGCACCGCUCGGUAUUUCGGUGUUAAGCGAGAACAGAUUUUGAUGUACGACAACGAAACUGAAUGUCUGAAAAUCCGCACCGUGUUCGAGAGUUGUAAAUAAUGUAUACAGAUUGUUGUACGUGACGGGACAAAAUAUUUAAAUUCUAGGUUUUUUCAACGAGAAGCUGAAGGCUGUUUAUAAGAGACAAUAAAUAGCUGUGUUUGACCA